ACUUUGUUAUUGAACGAUCCCGGACUUGAUAACCAAAGAGGCUUAGCCUUAAUACUCCAUCCCCAGCCAUCCUCCUCACUGUCUGUUAUUUCGACCAAUAGCUUGAUUUCCGACAUACCAAGAAAUUCAGAUGGAGAUUGUGAUGAGGGGCAAAAUAAUCUUUCUGUUGAUCCUGGUGUCCCCACUGACCGUUUUUCAGCUUUAUCCAGACUUCAAAUGCAAGAGGUUUCAGACGGCUUUUCGUUCACGAACUUGUCUCGUGUCUGUUCCACGUGCCCUGAGGAACCUAUGCCCUCGGGAACCGACCAACAAGGUCGCCACUUGACUGACUCCACCACCACCUUUACCGCCUCAGAAUCAAUUGCCCCGGUUCUACCAAAUGACCACGAACCAAUGGUACAAGAUAGCGAAGGGCAAUGUUUCGCCUCCACUACAGGCCAUUUUGCAUCUGGCACUUUAGGCUUAAGGCCUACAAAUUCCAAUCCUGUUGAUCUAUUUGGUUCCAUCACAUCCUCCUCUCAUGUCAUCUCUUCUCCUAGAGUAUGCACAGCAAAUUCUUCGUUUGUUCACACCUCCCAGCCAGAUUCAGCCAUAUCCAUGGCCAUCGACCCUGCCUUGUCUUCUGCUUCCCUGCCCCUCCAUGUUCCCUCGAUGACCCAUACAUCUUUACCAUCCUACCCAACUCACUUUCCAAGGCUUAAUUCCAGCGAUUUGGACUCCGUCUCUUGGCUGACAACUUCGGUUAAUCCCGAUAGUAUUGGUUCAUUAUCGCAAUACCCUUCACCAGAUGUUUGUCAAGAACGAAUUGGCGAUCUCUAG